GUCGGUGGAAUUCUCACCUUUCCUCAGCACCAACAGCCUCAGGCUAAAAUGUCAUUCAAAUAUCUAUAACAGAACGGGGUUCCCAUCUCCACAGGUACGCCGAGAAACACCCUGGAUCAUGCCCGUCCGCCUGGGAAUGGAUCUAUUCCUUCCAAGGUCGUACUCAAGGCUCCUGCGAUGAAUUCAACGAACGAGACGACUGUGGGGGCAUACCCACCACCACCGGGCGUGGUGCCAAACUUCAAAAAUCCCGAAUCCAUCGCUGUUCAUGUUGUGCUCGCAGCAGUUCUCUGCCCGGUAUUUGCGAUUCCCAUUGUUCUGUUGCGGCUAUAUACUAGUCGUUUUAUCACCAAAUGUUGGCAUCUGGAUGAUCUCUUGAUUACAAUUUCAUUGAUAUUUGCAAUUGGAUACUCCAUCGUGAACAUCUUGCAGACGGGAAACGGGGUCGGAGUUCACCUAUGGGAUGUGCCGCUUUCUAGUUUUAACAGAUUCAUGAUGCUGGGAAUUCCGGGCGCAGUAACGUACAACUUAUCUACUCUUUUCACCAAAGUUUCCAUUCUUCAUUUCUAUUUGCGUUUCUCCCAGGAGAGAGCAUUCAAAUUCGUCACAUAUUUUGUCAUGUUCAUUGCCGUGGGGUACUCUCUCGCAGCAGCAUUUGCAUUCUUGUACAUGUGCCGUCCCAUCCCACGGUAUUGGGAUUGGAGCAGGCCAGGUUCAUGUCUAGAUGUGGGCAGUGCUUUCAUCGCUUCUGCUGUCUUGAACGCCGUCACAGACAUCAUCAUCCUAUGUCUACCCAUCUGGUUGCUGAGGCCACUUCGGAUGCGGCGACUUCAAAAGAUAGGCGUGGCACUAGUUUUAAUGGCGGGCGGGUUUGUGUGCGCUGUGAGCCUUAUCAGAUUGGCGUCUAUUCCAUCCGGACUGAACGACCCCGACAUCACAUGGCGAUAUGUCAUAAAUUUAAUAUGGUGUAUUGUUGAAAUGUAUUUUGGCAUUAUUUGUGCCUGUCUGCCUUGCUUGAGAGCAUUUUUCAAACACCAUUUCCCAAAUCUGUUUGUCGUUCGGCACAGCACUGAGGCACCACUAUCGGCUAUUCCAAGCUUUGUCCACCAUACGCGACAAUCAAGGGAGCUCCACGCAAGCGCCAAUAGAAGACGAUGGUGGGACAGAAGUAUGCUCUCGAAGUCAAAGCCAAGUGAUACAUCGAGCAUGGAAGCCUGCAAUUCAAAUAGCACCCCACUGACUGAUAGGGAGGUUUAUUGUCCAUAGAAGGCUGUUUUGCAAAAUACACACGAUACAGAAGAGUAUGCCUAGAAACACAUGGAAAGUGUUGGUUAGGUUACCGAGCUGGGAUUGUUGAUGGCUUCAUCAAAUUAACUGGGUCGCAAUCUUCCUAAGAUGACGCCGCCGGUUACUUCCCGUUAAGUCGGCUUGUCGGCAGUCUCUUGACGCGGUAGGGAGCUUUAUACAGCCUAAGCAUCUCCUUACCGAUCCCCAUGUCAUCCCAUGCUUCGCGCCGGUACCUUGCCUAUUCGAGUCUGUUUCAGUCUGUUUCAGUCCCGACCCAAGCUGGUACGAGAGCCCUCGCUUGGCCCGGAGAACAAGAUUCCACCAAGGAAUAACGCCACCGAUGUCGACUUGUAAUGUUAUCGUCGGCUAGGACGGCUAUUAACUCAUAUCGAGAAGGCUUUU